AUGAAUCCAAUAGAUAUUAUUAAUUAUCUUCCCAAACUUGGUUUAGUUGUCGUAGUUAUGGGUUUGGUAGAAUGUACUCGGCAAGGUCUCGGCUAUCUGCAGCGAAAGCGAGCGAAGCAGGUCAUCAGACAUGUGAUCUUUUUCCCGGACAAGAAAAUAGCAUGCAAAAACUUUUUUGAUGAAAUUCAAGGCUGCUCAAUGGUUUCUUGUGACUUCAGUCACACAAAGACUGGUUUCAAGCACCUCCUUUCCUACCUAAAGUCUGCAAAGAAAUCAAUCGACAUUGCUGUUUAUUGCAUCUCUUGUUUUGAGAUAGCUGAUGUUGUAUUGCAGCGUCACAAAGUUGGAGUCAGAGUAAGAGUGAUUACAGACCUCAGUAUGGAAGCUGCAUUUGGAUCUCAAAACCAUCGUUUCAUGAAGGAUGGAAUCAGAGUACAGACCAACAAGCCUCCAUUCCUGAUGCAUCAUAAAUUUGUCAUCAUUGAUGAUGAAGUGCUUUGCUUUGGCUCAUUCAAUUGGACUUCUCAAGCAGUCACUGGGAAUAAUGAAUCUGUUGUCGUGACGAAUGAUCGCUGGGUAGUUGAACCUUUUUGCGCUGAAUUCAAGAAGCUUUGGUUGGAAACCAAACCAGAUAACUAAAUGUGCUUGAUGGGGAAAAUUCCGCUUUUCGAUUUUUAUUUGGCUAUUCGUAUGAGAUGGAAAAAUGUGUUCUCUUGCCCUUUACUCAUUAAUUGCUUUUAAACUAAUUUAAAACUUUGUUUGAUUUGAUGAUUAAUUCACAUUUCACUUAAUCUCAUGGCUUCUUACAAACAAUGCUGCUCAGUCAACCAUCAUUUUCCUACCAGGUUGUUUUAUUUCAUCUAGUUCCUCGGGAAAUGAUAAAUGUAAAUAUAAAUAUUAUAACGUGAACAGCCGGUUUGCAGAAGAACACGCGUAUAACUUGCAAGAAAAUAAAAUAAAGUGUGCUAUAACUGUAA